UAAACGGCGGCGGCGGCGGCGGCGCGCUGCUGUUUAGCCCGGCGCAGCCGCUCCGGCUCCCCAACCCGCUGGCCUGGCUGCGGCUGCUCGGGGGCCUCGCCUGGGACUGCGAGGCUCGCCCGCCUCCCUGCCUUCGCUGCGUCCGUCCCCUCCCCCCGAGACGAUGCUCCCGUCGGGCUGCCCGGCUCCUGCCUUGUGACCCCGCGCCUCAGCGCAGCCGGAGGCCGCCAUGGCCGGGCUGGAGCCGUGCAGCGCUUCUCUCCUGCUGGCGCUGCUCCUCCCCCUGGCGCUGCCUUUGGAAGGCGGGAGGGAAGCGCAAGGCUCAGAGGCGCCGGCCGCCCCCGCCGCCCCCGGGGCCCCUUCCCUGCCGCUGAUGCAAAGGCUCCUGGGCCAGGCGCCCCCCCGAGCCUGGCUCCCCGGUCUGAGCCGGAGGCGAGUCAGCGGGCAGCCGCUGCGCUACAUGCGGAACCUCUACCGGAGCGUGGCGGACCCGCACGGACGGCCCCGCCGGGACGGGCGACUCUCCAGCAACACGAUCCGCCUGGUCCGGCCCUCGGCCAAGGCCCGCCAGGCUGCGGCAGGCCCCUGGUUCAUCUGGGCCCUUGACUACCGCCUGGAAGUGCAAGCGCCAGCCCAGCGCCUGGUCCGAGCUGUUGCUGUCUACAUCCAGCGUCCAUCCUCGCCUCACGGUCCCCUCUGGUGCACAGCCACUCUGCUCCCUGGUGGAAGCGCCCUGCCGGAGGUGAUGAUCAGCCCAGCUCUGCUGAAGAAUUCCACUGCCACACCUGCUGCGGACAGCUGGGUGGAACUGGACCUCUCCUCGCACCUCCAGCCGUGGUCCUGGGCUGCCCAGAAUAGCCACCUUCUCCGCCUGCAUCACGCCUGUGCCUUCCUGGACUGGGCCUGGAGCUCUCCCCGUGGGCCUGGUGGGGAACCCCCCCCCUCCCUGGAGGAUCCCUUCUUGCUGCUUUACCUCAAUGACACCUGGACACCCCUCCGGGCUCCCGUGGGAGGGGAGCUCCCCCAGAGCUCUGUCCGUGGGCACAGGAUGCGCCGGGCUGAGAAGCUGGACCUCUCCCUGCCCCGCUACAGCCGCCACGGCCCCAGCACUAAGCAGAACGCGUGUGCCCUCUACCCGCUUCGUGUGACCUUUCGCCAGCUGGGCUGGGACCACUGGAUCAUCGCCCCCCACUCGUACCGGCCCCAGUACUGCAGGGGGACCUGCCCCCGGGUCUUGCGCUAUGGCUACAACUCUCCCAACCACGCCAUCGUCCAGAACCUGAUCAAUGAGUUUGUGGACUCGAACGUCCCUCGCCCGUCCUGCGUGCCCCACGAGUACAGCCCUGUGGGUGUCCUCAUGAUUGAGCAGAAUAACAACAUCCUGUUCAAGGUGUACGAGGACAUGAUCGCCAAGUCCUGCACCUGCCGGUGAGCAUCCUGACAACAAACUCUGUGAGCUGCCCCGCCUCCCUGGGCUUCCGCUCGCUCCCACCCACUGCCUUGCACCGAGAGAGAAUCCAGAUUUUAAAGCAUUUGGCAAGUUUUCACUUGGAUCCAAGUCUCUUCUUUCCGAGGGGCACAGAGGACUAGCACCUUGGUUGGGCUGUUUUACAAAAGGAUUUUUAUGCACAGGUUGGCAGGUUCUCCUCCUCUUCUUUUACCAGAAAAAAGUAUGCAGGUACUCCUGGAAUGAUUUCAUCCUGUCAGAACUUGGUGGAGAACAGUUGAAGGAAGCGCAGCUGGCCCUCCUGGGAAGGGGUGCAGUGGAGCAGGUGGGGCCUCGGGAGGCAGGAGAUGUGAAGAUGGGCUGUCCUGGGGUCAUGCUGAGGCAGGAAGGCUCCCUCACCAGCGCUUGUCUCGUGGCCUGCAUGAGCAUCUUGAUGCCGGGGGCCACUGUCCCUUUCGGCCCAGCAGGGUGGCUCUAUCCUGCAGUCCAGUCCGAAGAAAACGGGUGUGCAGGUGCUGCAGCCACAGGUUUCUUCCCCCCUGCCCCCCCCCGAGGCCCCCUUCCCCCCCCCCCCCCAGCCAGUGCCCCCUCCCCCAGCAAGAGCUGUGUGGUCUCUGGACUACUCGAACCUCCCUUUUCUGUUCCUGCUGCUUGAGGGGUGCUGCUCUGUGGCCAGUUCUUUGCGCUGCUGCUUGUACCUCUCACUCUGCAAAUAAAGGCCCACUCACACCUGCAACCCUGUGAGAGGCCAAGCAGUGAAUUCCCAGAAGAAUUUGAAAAGAAGACUUUCAGGUGGAGGAAGAGCCCGCUGGAGGCUGUUUUGGAAGCAAAGGGGCCUUUCAAACCAAGGGAGAGGGGUUUAGGGGUGUGUUGUCUUUCUCUUCCCCCUUAUUUCUUUGCACUUGUCGCCUACCUGGCCUGAAAAAACUGCCAUAACUUGGAAAAACUUUCUAUUUAUUGAACGGUGUAUUUAAAUGAGAUCCUGCAAUAUAAAGAUAGUUUCUGUU